AUGUCUUUGCUAUGCACAUCCAUCACCGAACAUUUCAGUCAGUUGAAGAUUGGGAACACGUGAGUCCCAUUUUUGCCUUUCUGUUUUUGUUUUACAUUAAAAUGUUCAGAAUUCUCACACUCAACGACAACAGUAUCGUGCGCCCGAAUCCUUCUGAAAGUGAAACUGACGACCAGGAAAACAUUGCUCUUUUGAAAGUGUUCACUGGCAGAUACGGAAACCGCGCAGACGUCGCUUGUCUCAAAGUUUCGUUCGAAAACGAUGAUCUCAAAAAGCGAAAGUUCAAGAUCCGUUUCCGUGUGUCGCCCGAACAGACGGAUGAGUUUUUGAUUGGCGAGAGGUUAAAAAAAUGUUCAAAAAGUGGGUUUUUAAUACGAUUUUUCUUUUAGUUUGGAGAGCGAGAAGGAACUCAUUGCAACAUGCAAAAACAACGAAGUUGUUGGAGUGAAGCUCUUGGAAUUGACUCAAAGAAUUUUCGACCAGCUUAAAAACUCUCGGUUUGAGUCCAUAAAGCUCGGAGACAAUACGCUCCCGAUCAGAGUCAUUGAAAAGCUGAUCUCAGAGCGAUUCGUCAACCACCUACAAUUAUCUUAUGAUUUUCCGUCCGUCGAUGGAGUGGAACUGUCUAAUAUAUUUGAGAAAACGGCAAUCGGCACCGCCUUCUUGAAUCUCACCGUUCAAGGGCUGGAUAUGAAGAAAGUAAGAACUUCAACGGGCAAAAAUCAAAAAUUUAUCACUUUGUUUCAGAUUUCUUCGAAGACGGAAAGACUUCGCAUCUCCACAGGCAAAUUCGAGAGGGAGCAACUUUUGAGCUCAGACGUCGAAGUUCUCGCAGUCUACGGCUUCAACCAACUUUGCAGUGAAGACGUCAAUGCCUUUUUGCGAAAUUGGCUGAACGGAGGCACCCCGCGCGCCAAACAUUUCAUUAUCAUCGAUGCUCUGCGCAAGUUCCGACCGGAAAAGGUUCUCGAAGGCUUGCCAUUCCACUUUUGGGACAAAGAUCAAAGAGAAAAUGUGUUUUUGUAAGUUGUUUGCUUGGGUUUUGGCAAUUAGAUGAAUUCAAGUAAUUUUCAGGUCCCAUCAGGAGUUUUCGGACGACCCUUUUUCGUGCAACUUCCUGAACCUGGUCAACUCCUUCGAUUUGACCAGGUUCGACGGAGUUGUUGGCUCAUUAAAAUUUGAGAUGGACACUGGGACACUUCCGAAGCUUCACUUUUGCGUGUGGCAUUUACCGUUCCCGUCAACGGUGCUACUUACAAAUUCCCUAAAAUUCGCAGAAGUUGCAACUAGAAUGCGAUCACUUAUUGGCAAUGAACGAGUCGCAGAGAUGAAAAUGAUAUAUGCAAGAAACGGUUUUUCGGCUGCGAAUGUCCGACGACACCAACCGAGUGUGUACGAAGGAAUGAGUGCGAGAGAGCGGAAAAUGCUUACAAUCUGGGAUCAGUUGGAAAAGAUGCAUGACUCCUUCAAUCUAUACUUAGAAGCAUUAAAUUAAACAAUAAUCCUAUAAUCAACAUCCUUUUCCAUGUUCACUUCUAUUACCCCUCCCUUCCACCAAUCCUUUCGAGUACAAAAACGUUACUGAAGUUAGACAAGACAAAAGAAUUUUUUCCGUUGAUUAUGUUUUUAUGCACCCAGAAGUUUUUCCUCAAAAAAAAAUGAAUGAUAUUCAUUGAAUCAGAACAACUUUUUUUUUAUUUCGGAGUCAACAACAAAGUGCCAAAAAAAGACGAUAUUCAUCCAGUACAUCAACAGCUAGCUGCCGCUCUUCCGCUCACAUUAUUAUGUCAAUUCAAUUUGCGAAUAUGCUCAUGAUAUUCGAGAGAUGAGUUUUUCUCACUUAUCGAUUGUUGUUCUUGAGAUUCUGAAAACUUAUCUUCCAAGCAACGCGUUUCAGCUCUAAUCUGCCAUUCCAAUAUUCCAGAAAGUUGUUUCCAUCAAAUUGUCUAUUUUUCCAUCCUUACCCCCCUCUCAUCACAUUCCGUUGUUGUUGCCGGGAGAUGUGCGUGAAAGGAAGAAGAGUUCUUCCCAGUUCCUCGCAUUUCGGAAAGAAUUGCAAAGAGAUAGCGUGUCUGCAUUGCUUAAUAGACUCCCCGGAAACAGGCCUACGACACUCCCCCCUAUGCCUUUCCCAGACACAACAAAUACUCGUUUUCCUUCUGGUUUUGUGUACAAAUUAUAUUAUCUAUCCAAAACUUCAGGACAAAAUGCACAUCACAACUCAAAAUCCUGACUUGUGCGUUGAACCUUUUAUCGAACCGUCUCAAUGGUUUUUCACUCUUGUCGAAAUCAUUUUGGCAGUUGGAGGUCUUGUCAUGAACACUGUUAUAACUGUCAUUUCUCACAAAGCUAUACCCAUGCCGCACACACAACGGAGGUUAUUGGUGAGAAUUCGAAUAUCGAUUGUGAAAAGAUGAAAUAUGCGAUUUCAGGCGUCGAUAUCUAUAAACUUUGCGAUAUUGUCCGGUUUUCAACUUGCAAGAAACUUUUUUCUAUUUCUGGUCAUGCAGCAGCCGUGUUUGAGUCAAGUUACUACAGUGUCCUGUAAACUUCAAGAGUUUCCGCUGAUUUUUUGCUAUAUCCACUGUGCCGCCACAGUAUUCUUGUUGGGAUUUCAAUGCAACUUUUUGAAACUGUAAGUUUUUAGUUAAAAUGACAGUCUCAUCUUAAGACACAGUAUCUAUAGAAAACCAGUGGACAAAAAGCCAAUGACAUGGUACUUGUCUUGUUCGGUUUGGCAGAGUACUGUAGCAGCGGCGUGUGUUGCUAUCACUCUCUUGUUCACCGCAUUUGACGAAGAUUUGAUAAAUGAACACAUGAACAAGUGCUCGAUUCUCCUGGCAGUUUCCCAAUCUAUCCUUACAUUCUCUCUUCUCACAAUUCUUAUCUUCCUCCACGCAUCCGGCCUAAUAUUGAUCAUGAUUGCGUCGAAAUUGCAAGACAACAAGUGAGUUUUACAUCUGCAACUUUCUAAAAGUCUUGUGUUUCUGCAGAAAAAGUUGGAUAGCGUUCACAAUUUUCUCGUUGAAAGAGAUAAUCCAAUACGAGACGCUGGGAUGGCAGAUUUCAUUGUUCGUCUCCGGAUGUGUUGUGCUCUAUCGACAUGUGCUCCGAGAGUCAUGUGACGAGGUUCGGGGGGAAAAAGUUGUUUUUUGAGUGCAAAUUAUUUUACUCAAUUUUCAGUGUUCCGUGUUAAUUCUGGAGAUUUCGUUCUUGAUCAUUCCGCUGUUAAUCUCAUUUAUUCAUCCAUUGUAUCUUAUUUGGUAGGAAAAAAGAAACAGUUUUUAAGUACAGUUCAAACUUUUCUGUUCAGGUACGUGCUUCCGAUCCGUGACGCAGCCACCAGAUCAUUUCCGUGCAUGCUGUCAGCUCUACCGGAAUACUCGCUAGUCCCUCCUCAAGUCCCAUCGGCAAGCACGUCAGCAAGUAAGUAAGGUCCAAGUAGAAAAUGCUCGAAUUUCAAAUAGUGUUUUUUCAAGUUUCCAGCCCGUAAACGACAUUUUUUCAGCGUUUCCUCUUCAAAGUCCCCGUACAGACACCACGACGAGCAGCGAUAAUAAUACACUGUCUCUGGAAGAUCGAAGCAACAAAAAAAGGCCAUUGAUAUCUCCAAAAGUGGUGAUAGAGGAGGAAGAUGCAGCCGAAUGGACUGAUAAUUCUGUGUAA